UAAUGAUUGAUCGGCGGGGGAGUUAUGAAACUUUCCACUGGCCAUCAUCAUUGCUCGCACGUUCUUCUUCUUGGCUUAGUGCUUGUUAACGACGUUUCAAUGGGGAGCGAAGGUAAGAUAGAUGAAUUUUCCGCUGUAGUCGUUUGAUAGCGGUGUAUACUCAUGCAUCACACCGUCGAUCGACGAAUAGAAUUUUGUACGACUUUCAUGUCAGAAACAACCAUCUUCAAGUUUUGCCUUGUCAUGAUGUUAACCCUUAACUUUCUAGUACUUUAUAGCGUAAAAAAAAAUGCGUCAUAGAUAGACUGAUGGAAUAAUCCUAAAGCAAAAUGUUUAAGUCGAACAAUUUUUUUAUAACUUUAAGAAUAGCUGACAAUAGACCGAUGUAAUUUUCUACUCAGCUGUUUUUAAACACAAUUUGAUUCGACGUUGGUCAAUUAUGCAAUAAUGGCCCUUCUGGAAGGUUAUUUAGGUAUCCUGAAAAAUAGGCAAGAAAUAAAUAAUACAUUUAUAUGCAUCUUAAGACUUGUAAAAGUCUACAUCCACUCCCAAGCCAGCUGAGCUAUACCACCUAUAUAAUGACUAUAAUUAUUGUGUAAUAUACUCAAAACCUUACCUUAUAAUUGCUGAAUGUAAUUGUGCAUAUUAAACCAUUAUUAAAGCUUAUCUGUACACAACUUCAAGAAUGAUCUUGUACUGUGCACUGAAGUUGUAAAAUCCUGCUGGCCUCGUCCUCUUUCUUGCUACUUUUAGCCAGAAAAUUUUCCUUGAAUUGUUAGCUAUUUGUUUUAUGUCUCUAAAACCUUGUCUUACCAGUUAGAUGUUUUUUAUUUAGCAACCAAACGUGAUCAAGAGUCUUACAAGGUCCAGUUUACUCAAAAAGAACUAAAAGAGAGACUCACACCACAGGAAUAUCAUGUCACUCAAGAAAAGGGAACAGAAAGGUGUGUUCUUUAUACUACGUUUCUCAUGGGAGGAUCCAGGAUCAAACACAUUUUAAAUGCACAUUUGAAUGCCAGGAUUCGUGAUCAGUGUUUUGGAAAAAAAGAGGGGCGAGAUUUGGGAAUUUGAUAACUAUGUAAUGAGGGAUGAUUAGGAAAUUAUUUGGAAGUUUUGUUUUGAUUAGAAUAACAGUACUGAUAUCUACAUGUAGUACAUAAAUAGAGGAUAUUACACGGUGGCGCGAAGAUAUGAAUUUUAUUUUCGAGUGGCAAAACAAUAUUUUACGAACGAGCGCAUUUACCACUCGAAAAUAAAAUUCAUAACUUCAAGCCGCCAUGUAAUGUUCUUUGUAUUAUGUAGACAAAACGACAUUGAUAAAAUAAUAGAGGGAAAUUACCGAAAUUACAUCAUCGAUAAACUCACGUGUGAGAUUAUGGAAAAUAAACUAUUCGGGUCCCGGAUGUAGUUUUUAUGAAUUUUUUACGAGUGGUAUAUUUUCCAGUAAAACACUCGUGUCUAUAUAAUAAUAAGUGAUCCAUCCUACAGUUUUAUAGAAUUGAAAAAUAUUAUACUUGUCAUAUGCAUAUUUUGAAAGAUGUAGUGUCUUUAUUUGCACCCAGCCAGUAGAGUCUUUAUUUCACUUGCUUGAUUUUAACGUAAGUACUCAAGAAAAGCUUUAAGUGAAUUGUGCAAGAUCUUUGUUAAGCAUGCGCUGCAUGUUUUAAGCAUAUUGUUUUGAACCUAGUUCUAACAGCCACGCGCUUGCUACAGCAGGCUUAGUUAUGACCGUCAGCUUAUCAAUAAACAGAUGAUAGCACCCAAAAAGUCAAUUUAAAAAGAGUAAACAAGAUUGACUUGUCCAGACGUUUAGGCUGCAGUGACCUCAAAGGCUUGACACGAUUCAGACAAAGCCUCAUUUUCUUCUCACUCAAGAUGACAAUAGGAGGUUCUACUUGUGGCUGCUAGUUAAAUACUAAAACAUAUUACAUGAGCAAAUUUUUAAAACCUACAUGCAAUCUGUGGAUUGUUAAUUUAUGGGUCCACUGUUUUUCCUUUUCACAGGGCGUUUACUGGCAAACUGGUGGAUAACAAAAAGAAAGGCACCUACAGAUGUACUGUUUGUGGCAAAGAGCUUUUCCUUUCUGAUGCAAAGUUUGACUCAGGUUCAGGGUGGCCUUCAUUUUGGGAGACAUCCAAGGACGGAAGUGUCAGAGAGAUUUUGGAUCGAUCACAUGGAAUGACUAGAACAGAAGUGACUUGUGCUGAUGUAAGUACAGCGAAACCCUAAGAUCGAAAUUUGAAUUCUCAGUUGUUGCCCCUACUCAUUUCCUAUAGAAGUAAUCGGGAGAAGUUGAUAAAAUAUCAAGUCAGUGAUUCUCAUGACCACUCUGUUUUACAAAGCAUUGAGAUUAAAAGGAGAAAUUUGAUGCUGAUCACUCUUAGGGCUUAAAGGAUUAAGGCAAGUCAGUGAGAUAUAAGAGUAGGGGAUUGGUAUAGGGCAGGCGUGGUACAGUGAAUCUCAAUAAUGAACUCCUUGAUGACAAAGACCUCAUUCUAACAAUCAAUGAUCUUCUUCUCUUCAGCACUUACAAUCUAUAGAAGGAUCUACUACUGAGGGGGGCACUCCCCAUUGCCUUUGUAGCAGAGGCCCCGCCCAAAGGGGUACCUUUUUCAGGCUUGUGGUAUAGAUCAUUGUUUUCAGUCACGUGGUCAGCAGCUUUGCAAACUGCUUGGAAUAAAAGAAAGUUAUAACAUUUGUACACCUUAAACAUGGCUGCUGUGACGUCAUGUGAAAACGAUCUAUACAACUGUAUGAAAGAGUCUAAGGAUUUCACAAGUUCUAGUACAUUUAUAUGAAAGGGCAGGGAAAUCUGAAAUUUAGGUAUUCAAAAGGCCUUACCCGGUUAAAUUAAAAUAUUUUAACCCAUUCGCCCCUGAAGUUUUUCCGAAAAACACCUUUUGACCAUGUUUUUAGGCCGUCGAUCAGCAAGCAAAUUAGGUUAUGGAAAAAUAAUAAACUUACGUUGAGUUAUACUUUUUUCUUUGGUUUUACCUUCUGUCACAGUGUGGAGCCCAUUUAGGACAUGUGUUUGAUGAUGGCCCUAGGCCUACUGGCCUUAGAUACUGUAUCAAUUCAGCAUCAUUGAAAUUUGACCCUUCCAAAGGUAAGUUAUGAUAAUCUGUCAACUCCCUUAAAAAGUGGACACACUAUUUUAUAGGGACCUUACGUUAGUGUCCUCAUUUGCAAGAUCAAGAGUCUGUAAUAGCAGGAUUUUAUUUCAGUCAAACGCGUGUAAUUUAUUUUUUUGCCUGGGAUUUAGCUGCUGUCUGUACUAUUGGGAUGUUUAUUAUAGCUAUCCUGAGAAAACAGCCGACAUUUGGCGACACUUCCACUGGUUUCCCUCCGAUGGUGCCUGAGAAAUUCCAUACUGAUGACGCGUCACUACCCAGAUCUGGGUCAUGCUUCUGAUUGGUUGUGCUGCGUGGGAAAUUUGAUUCAACCAAUCAGGAGCACUACCCAGAUCGGGGUAGUGACGCAUCAUCAGUAUGGAAUUUCUGUGCUCCUUCCUCUCGCCAAAUGUCCGCUGUUUUCUUAGAAAGGCUAUAUUAUAGCAAGAUGUCUGCAAGACAAGAGUUCAAAGAUUUUCACAAAACACAGUACAGUUUGUAUUUUGUUUAUGGUGGGUGGGGGUAGCUGAAAGUUAGUACAUUAUUAAAAGAGUUGUUUUAACAUAUUUAACAAUCAUUUCUUUCUGAUCUAUGAACAGGGGCUGGUGAAAAAAAGAAAAGCGAGCUGUAGAAUUGAAGACGCCUGGUGGAAGUGUUCAAAAUGUUGGUAAUUUAAGUCUUCAUGUAAUAUGACAAUUCUGCUUAUUAUAUUGACUAAGCUUGGAAAAGUAUCCGAAAUUUUGUAGGUUAUCUUGAAAAGAAAGUUACUGAAAUUAAACUUGGUGUACCAAAUAUUAAGUGUUAUGUUAUUUCUCUUCAGGAUGGGUUCUUGCAUGUUAAGGUGGCUCAAAAUGCAUAGUUUCUGGAA